AUGGCGAUCGACUCGCCCGAGCAGAGCGACGAUAGCAAAGAUACGAACUCGACACCAGCAAUCAGCUUGGGCCCCGUUGGGGAAACAGUUGAGGAUGCUGCCGGUCCUCGUGUGGAAAGCAUGGCAGAGACCAAACAAGCCUCCGGACAAGACUCCGUCCCCAAUGAGCCAAGCCAAUUCCAACAACAUCGAACGACUCUCAAACGCCUGAGCGACUUCGUGACAUGGACACCCAAGAACUGUCGAUACAACCCAAAUGAGCCUCCUAAAUUCAGUUUGUCCCUGAAUCUGCUGUUCGCUCUGGCCGGCUGCAUCACAGUUGCGAAUUUGUACUAUGUACAGCCAAUCCUCUAUCAAAUUGCAAACACAUUUGACAUCAGCUUUGAGAAAGCAUCAUCUAUAGCAACAUUGCAGCAGUGGCUUGGCUUAUGCCUCACUCCACAAUUCAACACCUUCGCAGCUAUCUCCUUUAUUUGCGGCAUGACAACCGUCACCCCCCAAUUGAUGUUGCCAUUGGUUGGAGACCUGGCACCACCCAACAGGAAGGCUAGCUGUCUGUCGAUCGUGAUAUCCGGCUUGUCGCUGGGCAUCUUGGUUGCUCGGUUGCUCGCCGGAAUCAUCGCGAACUAUACAGACUGGCGCAAUGUCUACUGGUUCGCCUUUGGCGCUCAGUGGUGUAUUCUCAUCCUGCUCUUCUUUUUCAUGCCGGAGUAUCCUUCGAAGAACCCCGGACGCCUGAACUGGUUCAAGUUCAUGUGGAGUAUCAUCCAAAUGUUCCUGACUGAGCCGUUGCUGGUGCAGGUGUGCGUCAUUACGUUUCUUAUGAGCGCAAUUUUCACUUCGUUCUGGACCACCCUUUCAUUCUUGCUCUCGUCCCCUCCUUUCAAAUACAGCUCCUUGAUCAUAGGUCUCUUUGCCCUAAUUGGCAUCGUGAUCAUCUUCUUGGCUCCUGUGUAUAGUCGCCUGGUCAUCGACAAGAUACAACCACUCUAUUCUUGUCUCUUUGGGAUCGGUAUUGAGCUUGCUGGGGUGGCUGCUGGGACUUUUAUCGGCACAUUUACAGUUGCCGGACCAAUCAUCGAGGCCAUCACCAUCGAUUUGGGCACCCAGGCUUGCAACAUCGCCAACCGGGCCAACAUCAACGACAUCAAUCCCAAGGCGAGGAACCGGGUCAAUACUUGUUACAUGAUUUCGGGUUUCACGGGGCAGCUUACGGGGACAGCUGUCGGGAACUCAUUGUACGCUCGUGGGGGCUGGAGGGCCAGUGGCAUCUGUAACAUUGCUUUCCUCGGUCUUGCGAUUGUGGUCUCCAUUGCACGAGGUCCACACGAAAAGGGAUGGUUUGGGUGGCACGGUGGAUGGAGCAUUCGAUUAGAUGACACGAAACACGCAUCGCCUGCUCAGAACAGCGGUGGUGGUGCCGACGAGGAGACUGGUACAUCGUGA